UAAUAUGUUGGCUGGAGUAAAGAAAUGGUUGCAGAAAUAGAUUGAAACAAAAUGGUUAAAACACGGCACUCUCAUGAAGCCGAUGAGAAUUCGGGAGAAGACUUCUCAUCUCUCGAGACAAGAUCAUCUGCAAGAAAUAUUGUGCAAGUUUUAAAGACAGAUGGUGACAGCGAUGAAGAUAGUGGUGUGAUAAACUUCAAAAACAACAGCCUUGCGAAGAGAAGGGACAGCAAUGAAGACUUAGAGUUAAAGCCUAGGCGUGAGUCAAGGUCAAAAAGAGUCACUUAUGUGGAGGACUACUACUUAGAUGACAGUGAUAGUGAAGUUGAAGUGACGAGAAAAACUAAAACGAGGCAUGGUAGAAGGCCUGUAAUAAAAGAUGAUGAUGAUAAGCCUAGCCCAACAAAAGACAGGGAUGGGAAAAGUGAGGAUGAUGAUGUUGAUGAGCCGCGAAUGAGCACAGGGAGACUUACUAGAAAUUCUAGAUCACCCGGAGACUUAUUAGACAGCAGUCAGGGAUUAAGAAGGGGGCGUGGCCGGGGAAGAGGGCGACGCAAGCUCCAUGCCAACAAUCAACAAGAUCUGAUUAUGAGCUCUUCGGAGAAACAUACAAGGCUGCGUAAAACGGCAGACUACCUUGUAACGCAUCCAAGUCCAAGGCAGAUGAAGCGAGAACUUCUUUCUGAGACUGAAGAUCUGGGUAACCGUCGAAGCUCUCGAGUCCGUAAACCAAUGUACUGUGCGUAUAAGGAGGAUUUUGAUGUACAGCCGCCCAGGAAAAGGGGCAGGAUUGAGGCGAAGCAGUUUGAAGAGGAUGAAAAUGAAGAAGAGAGUUUUAAGGACAUCUACAGUCGUGUGAAGCGCCAGAGAAAGCAGGUGAAACGAGACAUGUACGGGAUGCCCAUUGAGACUGACAACGAUGAUAAUGAGGAGGACAAUGGGGACGGGGAGAACGAAAGUGAUGAUAACGAAGACAGCAAUGACAAUGAUGAUGAUGGGAAUGAUGAAGGUGAUGAUGACAAUGACGAGGAUGAUGAUGACAAUGAUGAGGAUGAUGAUGAGGAUAGAAAUUCUCAGAAAAACCGACGCUCUUACAAUCUGAGAGAAAACAAGCCAAGAACCCAACUGUACAUAGCUCCUGUUGCAGAAAAAAGACGUCGCAUUCAGUCUCGUUUCUUGGCUGAUGAAAUUUCAACCCCAAGAUCGCCUGCACGUCGAAGACGGAUGGAAAAACUUGAUUAUCUCUCCCCGGCUAGGAGGAGAGGGCCAGGAAUAAGACACAAGCGAAGAGCUUUCCACGGUUCCAGUUCCACAUCAUCCAGUGAAUCGAGCAGCGAUGAGGAGAAAUUCCAAAGACGAAAGGCCAAGAGCAUGAUGAGAGCUAGGCAGAAUUUGUUGCCGAUGAACUUCAACCCAGAUGAUGUAACCAAGUCCACCCUUCUAAGGGACAGGCAGAAGAUUGGUUCCAGUUUAGCGGAUGUAGAUCCCAUGAACAUAGACAGAACAGUUAAGUUUGAAAGUGUUGGGGGCUUGGGGAAGCACAUACGGGCCCUGAAAGAGAUGGUGGUAUUCCCCCUCAUGUACCCGGAGAUAUUUGAGAGGUUUAAAAUCAACCCACCCAGAGGCGUUCUCUUCUAUGGACCCCCAGGCACGGGUAAGACGUUGGUUGCUCGUGCAUUGGCUAACGAGUGCAGCACAGAUGGGAAACGCGUGGCAUUCUACAUGAGGAAGGGCGCAGACUGCCUUAGCAAGUGGGUUGGCGAGUCGGAGAGGCAGCUUAGGCUUCUGUUUGAUCAGGCAUACCAGACGAGACCAUCCAUAAUCUUUUUUGACGAGAUAGACGGCCUGGCGCCAGUGCGCUCUAGUCGCCAGGACCAGAUCCACAGCUCCAUCGUGUCCACUCUUCUGGCAUUAAUGGACGGGCUGGAUAGUCGUGGAGAGAUUGUCAUCAUUGGGGCAACCAACAGACUUGACUCAAUUGACCCAGCUCUUAGACGACCGGGGAGAUUUGACCGAGAGUUUCUGUUUCCUCUACCCUCAGCACAGGCCAGAAAGCAGAUUUUGAAGAUCCAUACAAAAGAAUGGAAUCCAAAGCUUUGUGAUAAAUUUGUGUCCGAGGUGGCGGAAAAGUGUGUUGGUUACUGUGGGGCAGAUUUGAAAGCGCUGUGUACAGAGGUGACUUUGCUCGCUCUCCGUCGUCGCUAUCCGCAGAUCUACACAUCCUCUGAAAAACUUCAGAUUGACGUCUCCAGUGUGAAUGUAAACGCCAAAGACUUCCAUAAUGCAAUGACGUUGAUAGUUCCUGCCUCUCAGCGAUCUGUGACCUCUCCUGCAAGGGCUCUUGGGGUCACGGUCGCCCCUCUGUUACAGGCCAUGUUUAAGGAGAUUCUGAUUACACUUGGUGACGUCUUCCCGUCAGUUCUCAUGCAGCUCAACAGUUUGGAUUCACCAGGAGAACCUGUGUCCUCAGAGGAAAACUGUGGUUCUACAGUUACGCUUGCUGAGUUGGAGAGCGAUGAAGACAGCAGAGAUGUUAGUAUCUUUGAGCACAAAGUUGACAAGAGGCGCAAACAGUCCAACAUUCCUGAACUACCAGAAUCAUUCCUCAACUUUACAAGGUAUGCGGACCGUCAGCCAAGCACUCACAGACCCCGCCUCCUGUUGGCGGGCCACACAGACCAGGGGCAGACAACCCACUUGGCCCCAGCUAUUGUCCAUUAUCUGGAGCAACUGCCUGUUCACACGUUGGAUCUGUCCUCUCUCUACACUGUGCAAUCCAGAACGCCUGAGGAGUCUUGUGCUCAUGUGUUUCGUGAAGCAAAGCGGACCGCUCCAAGCAUUGUGUAUUUACCUCAUGUUAAUCAGUGGUGGUCGGUGGUUGGGGAAACUGUAAGGUCAACCAUACUGACAUUGGCUCAAGACCUUGACCCUGUUAGCCCUGUGUUGCUAUUGGCAACCAGUGAAGAAAAAUACGAGGAGUUGGAAUUUUCGCUUCAGGAUGUGUUUGAUGAAUACUCAGGGGAGGUAAUUGGUGUUAGAAAUCCAGACAAAGAAGAGAGGCGGGCAUACUUCAGGGACCUGCUACUAAAUCAGGCCACACAUCCCCCACCCCAGAGGAAAGGGGCUGCCAAGAGACUGUUGGAAGUCCUACCCAAGGCUCCACCCCCAGAGCCCCGUAAACUGACAGAACAGGAAGUGAAGAUGUUAGAAGAACACGAGGAAGCGACGUUGACAGAGUUACGCCUCUUUUUGCGAGACGUGCUCAACAAACUGGCCCGAGAUCGCAAGUUCUUCAUCUUCGCAAAGCCUGUAGAUAUUGAAGAUGUACCAGACUACUACGAGAUCAUUAAGAAGCCGAUGGAUCUUUCCACAAUGAUGUCAAAGAUUGACCUUCACCAUUACCAGUCUGUGAAGGAGUUUCUCAAAGAUAUUGACCAGAUCUGCCUCAACGCACUCGAAUACAAUCCGGAUAAAGACCCCCAAAGUCGUGUUAUUCGGCACCGAGCUUGUGCCUUAAAGGAUACAACCAGUGCAAUCAUGAAGGCAGAACUGGACCCGGAGUUUGAAAAGAUCUGUCGGGGAAUUGUCGAGUCAAGAAAACAGAGAGGUGAGGAUGGUGUGAAGACAGCACCAUCGUUCUACCACACCCGCCCCUUGAACCAGGGACCCAUGCAUCCUCUUGCCAUCACCCGCCACUCGACCUCAAACCAUACCACACCCAGGGACACAAAUACUCGCUCUAGUCGCAGGCUUCAGGGAGAACAUUUAGAAGAAGUUCCUUCACUGGAAGACAUAGAGAAGCAAGCCCGGGCUCAGCGCAGUAUUCAACGCAUCCAGAUGUCACCAAACAAGCAGGAAAGCAACCAGUCCACACCUCAGGGUCAGCUCAAAAAGAAUACUCCAUGUUCCAGGGAUAACUCUGAAAAUCCGCGAUCUCUCAACAGCUCACAAGGCUCAGGGAACAAAUCUUCUGCUGGAAAAUCUCAGGCAUCAACAUCAACGAAGAAACCAGUGAAAAAAGAUAUCUGGGGAAGUACAGGGUAUAGGCGUAGGCGCCGUAAACGGAAAAGGGUAGAUGGUGAUGGUGAUGGUAAUGACAAUGAGUUUGAAGAGUUGCCUAAUGACAAUGAUGAGGAUGAAGAUGUUGAUGAUGAAAGUGAGGAGGAUUGUGACAAAACUGAAGACACUGAAGAUGCUGGAAAUGAGAUGGAAGUGGAGGCCUUUGACGGGACAAUGACUGUGAGUCCUGGUAAGUCUCCAGCAAGACAGGAGGGCUCAAAAUCACCGAUAAAGGUCACAGACUUGUUACAUGUGGAUGUUGGAGAAAAGGCUUCCAGAGAGAAACAAACUUUGCCUUCACCAAGGGACAGCCAGCGAUCACCUAAAGCAGAUAGUCAGAAAUCGCCGCACUGUAAAAGUGGGGAUAGAGAAAGCCAGAGAUCCCUUAGAGUGGAAGGUCAGAAAUCUCCGCGCUGUAAAAGUCGGGAUUCAGAGGACAUGUCCGAUUCAAUGAGAAGGCACUCCACAGAGUCAAGGUCACCCAGAGGAGCAGACAACACUUCUACAUCUCAGAGAGUUGUCAGUGGUCCAAAGUCUCCUAGAACUGUAGAAAGUAGUGAAACUAACAAUGCCACAAAGCAAUCAGUAUUGAGUACUCAGGGUAAAACUGUAGUUCAACACUUGAUGAAUGGUUUUGUAGAUAGUGGUUUAGGGACCUCAGAUAGCAGUGGUGACUCGAACGACAGUUUGGGCCAGAAGUUGAUGGACAAGAACAGUCAGGAUCAGGUCAACAUGGAUACAGCUGAGAAGUCAAACGACACUGACCCAAUGCAGGACACUACUCAGGAAAACAAUGAUGCUGACAAAGGGCCAUCACCUGUGUUCCACAUCACGCGUUCUCGUGUACAAACCCGUGCCCAGGAGCAGGCCGCCGUCGCCGUCAAUGAGUUCACAGAGCCCCUGAUCGUUGAUCACGAGAGGCUUGCACGUCUACAAGAUCUCACAGUGACAAUGACCGAGGACUUCACUGUCCCACGCCUGGAAAAACUUUACAGUCUGUUUGCACAGUGUAUCUACAAUCACAGGCUAGAGUUUGAUAAAACUCAACUCAUUGAGGAACUCGAGAGAAGGCUAAAACAGUACACCACAAGAAUGGCUGAGAGAGAAAAACACGAGGAGAGACGUGAGAAGCUAGCUAUACAGUCAUCCUAGUUCAAGACACUCCAGGCGUUAUGUGCUGUACUUCAGUGAUGCACUUUAGUCAAUGGUGCUGUGGGAACAAUGAAAUGUGUGUGCCUGUCUGAACAUAGUGUCUGUGUUUGUCAACUAUGAAAUAUUUGUAUGUGUUGAAACUUGUCUGUAUUGUAUGUCUACUAUGAAAUGUGUGUAUGUAUGUGUUUAAACUUGGUGUCUGUGUUGUAUGUCUACUAUGAAAUGGUUGCCUGUGUGUUUGUGUAUGAACUUGAUGUCUGCGCUGUUUGUAAGAAUCUUCGUCCAAUCACAACAAUAUCUCUAGUUAAAAAUGAUAGCUUCUUAUAGAUUUUUCAAUAUUUAACUAGAUAAGAAAUAGAUGUCUAUUUAUUGAUGAAUUUAAUACAGAUAUAGAUCAUGUGUUUUGUGCAAAUUUUAAGUUAUUCAUAAAAACGAUUCCAUCCCAGGUAAAAGAACAAAAAAAUAUGAAUUUUGCUCAUUUAAUCACUUGGUAAUGCAAAACGCUUGGCUAUAGCAAGGCCCAUAACUCUGACUUUAUAGAUUAUUGAGUUAUGUCUCUUUUCCAACUGUAAAUAUUACAGAUGGCCUGUGGCACUCUUGUUAAGGUCUUUUGAUCGUUUCAUAUAACUUAUUGUAUUUAAAAUGAUGAAAUGAAAUAUUCUGUUACACUUCAUUAUAUGUUUACAACUGUUAUAAAUUUCUCGUCUUUACGAAAGUUUGACAUGAAUGAAUUUUAUUUGUGGAUUCAAAUUUUUACUGUAAUUAUUGGAAUAUUUAUAAACCCUUAUUUAUUGAUGUCUAUUUUUCUUCACUAUGAAACUUUAUUUAUUUGGUGGAAACACAAUAAUUCUUAUAUUGAAUAAAUUUGAUUGAU